AUGAACGGUGAUGGUGAAGGGGUCGUAGCAGCUUCUUCAGACCCACCUCCGCCUAUGGAAUGGAGAUUCUCUCAGGUCUUCUAUGAACGAAGCACCUGUGAAGAAGUUCACGAAGUCGUUCAAGUUGAGACCGCUGACGCCACCGCUGGAGUUGUUCAUACAUCCUUAUAG